AUGACUAUGCAGAUGGAUGGACAGACAGACGGAGCAGUGAACACGGAGGAGAUGAACAGAGGAAUGGCUCGUGACAGGCAUGGGGCUUGCGGCUUCAUCCCCAUCUUCAUCCUCGCGGCUGGGUUGCUGGUGACCGCCCUGCCACUGGCACGAGCUCAGGCGAAGGGCCACCAAAGCAACGGGCUGCCGGAGGAGGAGGAGUCCCGUAUCAUCGGUGGGAGACCCUGCUCCAUCUACCAGCGACCCUUCCAAGUCGCCAUCGUCAAGAGUGGCCGGAUCCUUUGUGGUGGAAGCUUGGUCGCCGACCAAUGGGUGCUGACGGCCGCCCACUGCAGGCAGCCACUCAAGGCCGUGCAGGUGUUAAUCGGGACGGACACGUUACGAGACGGGACGGGGCAAACGAGAUACGUCGUCAGGGACCAGGUCCACCCGCGCUACAACCCCCGCACCAACGACAACGACUUCCUGCUCCUCAGGCUGAACAAACCCGUCCAGUUCAAUGAGAGGACCAAGAGGCUCCGAGUAGCCACGAGGUGUCCCGAGGAGGGGAUGCAGUGCUCCGUCUCUGGCUGGGGCACCAUCAGGUCUCCUGGAGCUCUGCUGCCCAGGGAUCUGCAAUGCGCCAACAUCCAGGUCAUCAGCGAGGACGCCUGCGACCGGGCCUACGGCAGCGCCGUCACCAACAACAUGUUCUGCGCCGGCGUCCCUCAGGGAGGCGUCGACUCCUGCCAGGGCGACUCGGGGGGCCCGCUGGUCUGCAACGGGGUGCUGCAGGGCGUGGUCUCCUGGGGCAUGGCCGUCUGCGGGCGACGCGGCCAACCCGGCGUCUACGCCAAGGUCUGCCGGUAUGACCAUCAAACUGGUUUGGCCACCGUGACUAUCCAGUUGGCCUCCCAGUAUGGCCAUCUAACGGGGCUGGCCACCUCGACCAUCCAGUUGGCCUCCCACUAUGACCACCUAACUGGGCUGGCCACCACAACCAUCCCGUUGGCCUCCCAACCCAUCCCCAUCCGGAUGGGCGACCACAGCUUGAAGACCAAGGAAGGGACGGAGCAGUGCGUCAACUCGGCCAGGUCCUUCAUCCACCCCAACUACGACGCCAACAGCCAUGACAGUGACAUCAUGCUGCUGAAGCUCCAGAAGCCGGUCCACUUCACCGAGCACAUCCAACCCGUGGCCUUGCCCAAGAGGUGUCCUCCACCCAACACCGAGUGCGUGGUGUCAGGUUGGGGCAGCACCAGCAGCCCAGAAGGGUACUUCCCCGACAUUCUCCAGUGCGGCAUGGUCUACACCAUGCCCAACGAGGAGUGCUCCAAGCUCUACCCCAAAGGCAUCACCAAGAACAUGCUCUGCGCCGGCCGCAGAUCGGGGGGCACCGACUCCUGCCAGGGUGACUCGGGGGGGCCGCUGGUCUGCAGGGACGAGCUGCAGGGCAUCGUCUCGUGGGGCAUGCAGGUCUGCGGGCAGCCGGGCAAGCCGGGCGUCUACACCCGCGUCUGUCAGCGUGCAGAGGUGGAUAGGCUCGUGGUGGGGACGUGUCAUGGACGUGUGGAGAGGUGGACAUGCGUCGUAGACAUGUGUCAUGGACAUGUGGACACAUGUAGUGGACUGGUGGACGUGCGUUGUGGACGUGUGGAGAUGUGUCAUGGACAUGUGGGCAUGUGUUGUGGACUGGUGGAUGUGUGGACACAUGUAGUGGACUGGUGGACGUGCGUUGUGGACGUGUGGAGAUGUGUCAUGGACAUGUGGGCUUGUGUCAUGGACAUAUGGACAUGUGUUGUGGACUGGUGGACAUGUGGACACGUGUUGUGGGCAUGUCACGGACUUCUGGAUGUGUGUUGUGGACUGGUGGACAUGUGUUGUGGACUGGUGGAUGUGUGGACACAUGUAGUGGACUGGUGGACGUGCAUUGUGGACGUGUGGAGAUGUGUCAUGGACAUGUGGACAUGUGUCAUGGACAUAUGGACAUGUGUUGUGGACUGGUGGACAUGUGGACACGUGUUGAUCACCACCAUCCGCCUGGGCAAGCACAACCUCUACACGCGGGAGUUUGGCGAGGUGCAGAAGAUGGUGCAGAAGCUGGUGGCACACCCCAACUACAAUCCCACCACCAAGGACAACGACAUCAUGAUGAUCAAGCUCCUGACGCCCGUCGCCCUCACCGAAAGGAUCCAGCCCAUCCCCGUGGCCUCCUGCCUCCCGGAGCCCGGCACCACCUGCACCACUUCGGGAUGGGGGGCCACCACCUCCCCAGAAGUUUCUUACCCGGACGUCUUGCAGUGCGUCAACGUCACCAUCUUCUCGACGGCCGAGUGCCACCGGUUGUACCCCGGUUCCAUCACCGAGAACAUGCUGUGCGCCGGGAGCCUCCAAGGCGGUAGGGACUCCUGCCAGGGUGACUCCGGAGGACCUCUGGUUUGCAACGGGACCCUCCAAGGCAUCGUGUCCUGGGGCAUGGAGAAAUGCGGGCAGCCCAAGAGACCCGGUGUCUACACCAAGGUCUGUAGAUACUUCCAGUGGAUCCAGAAGAUCAUGAAGGACAACUAG